GAACGAAGAAAAACCGCACAAGCUCCCAGGCAGAAAAUGGCUGCUAUGCAUUGUGGCUUCGGUAUCCCUGUUUUUUAAGACUUUAUCUGUAUUGUUUUGCCGGUAUAAGAAAUAUCUCUAAAAGGAAAAACGUUAUGUUCAAAAAGGCAAAAAGAGUGAACUUGCGGCGAAGGAAUGACUCCGACGAGGAUGAGCAUGAGGACAGGCAGCCUCAGCCGCUGGCUCUGGCGCCCACAUCCUUCGGGCCUGUGGUUGAAAUCCCUUUCAUGGAGACCAGCGGAGCUGCGAGCAGCGACGAGAACAGUUACAGUAACGGCUUUCUGUCCAACUUAAACUUCGCGAGACCUAUAAAGAAGGAAAAGAAGAUCAAAGAUGUUGCUCCUGUCGCUCCUCCUACUAAGGCCAGUUUGCUGAGUUUCGACGAUGAAGAAGAGGGAUCCGAGGUGUUCAGAGUGAAGAAACCCAACCACAGCAAGAAGAUUGUCAAGCAGCUGAAAAAAGAAUAUAAAGAAGAUUUGCAGAAAACUGGAACUGUGAAACAGGAAACCAAAUCAGAUGUUCCACCUCCACCAGUGUUCACCGUAAAAGAGGAGGUUAUCAGCAGAGCGAGCAGUGAACAUGGGGAGGAGGAGAUGGAGGUGGAGAGUGGCGAUGAACAGGAUGAAGACAAAAAAGCCCAAGGCGGUCAACUGUCCAGAGGCAGGAACAUGGGAGCAUCAUUUAACACACUGUCGUCCCUCACUAGCCUAAAGCCAGGAGAGAUCCCUGAUGCAGCGUUCAUCCACGCUGCCAGGAAGCGCCGGCAGCUAGCCAGAGAGCUGGGCGGGGAACCCCCUCUGGUCGAAGCCGAGCCUUCCAAGAAACAUCUGAUGCAAGAUGACAGAGAUGGCAGCGAUGAUGAAGAUGAGGACGAGAAGAGAAUCCGCUUUAGUGGAGUCAAGAACAAAAGUCAGAGGCAGAAGAUAGCCGAAGAGAUUGGUAUUGAGGGUAGUGAUGAUGAAGCACUGGAUACAGGCCAUGAUGAGGAGGUGAGCCGCUGGGAGCAAGAACAGAUCAGGAAAGGAAUCAGCAUACCUCAGGUUCAAAGCAGUCAGCCAGAGGAGAGCACAGCCUACUACCAGAACAGCUAUGAGACUCAACCCUAUGGCUCCUCGUACAAUAUGCCUUUCACCUACAGUACAGUGGCUCCACAGCCUGGGAAGAUACCUGGCCUCUCUGACAAUGUCUCUGUUCACUACGGGGCCGCUGUCUGUGAUUUAACCCCAGUAUCCAUCGAUCUGGUAAAGAAACGCCUGCGGGAUAGGCUUUCCCAGAUGCAUGCAGGCAACAACGCGAAUAUCAAACGCUACGAACAGAUCAGGGAUGACCUGGAGUCCUCUGAGAGCACCAUCCAGCAGCUUGAGGGUUCCUCCAACGAUAAUGCUGAUCGAUAUAAAUUCUUGCAAGAGAUGCGAGGGUAUGUUGGAGACUUGCUUGAGUGUUUCAGUGAAAAGGUGCCUGCUGUCCUGGAGCUGGAGGCUGCCAUGCACCAGUUACUAAGGCAACGGGCUGCACGGCUUGCCCAGAGAAGACAGGAUGAUAUUAAAGAUGAAUCGUCGGAGUUUGCAAGCCUUUCAAAUAAAGCUGUCAUGGCGCCCAGUCUGGACUCAUUGGGUCGAGACCGUGUCGCAUACCAAGAGCACAGUCGGCAGAGGAGGAUAGCUGAAAGAGAAGCUAGAAGAACUCGUCGACGACAAGCAAGAGAGCAGAAUGGGAAAAGGGCUGAGCAUAAAGAAGGCCUGUCAUCUGAUGAUGAGGAAACUUCUACUGACAUCACCAGCUUCAACAUGGAAAGAGACCGUAUCAAAGCAGAAAGUAAAAAAGUAUUUGAGGAUGUGGUGGAGGACUUUCAUUCUCUUGACUGCAUCAAAUCCCAUUUUGAAGUGUGGAGAAAGGAAUACCCGGACUGCUACAGAGACGCUUACAUCGGCCUCUGUUUACCCAAACUCUUCAAUCCUUUAGUUCGUCUGCAGCUCAUCACAUGGAACCCUCUCGAGGAGCCGUGUCCAAACUUUGAGUAUAUGCUGUGGUUCGAGUCUCUUCUGUUUUAUGGAUUUGAGGAGCACAUAAUGCUUCAAAAAGAAGACGAGGACAUUGGAUUGCUUCCCGCUAUUGUAGAGAAAGUUCUUCUAUCCAAACUGUCAGUGCUGGCAGAGCAGGUGUGGGACCCGCUGUCAAGCAGUCAGACAGCAAGGCUGGUGAGCUUCAUUCACAGACUUGCUGGAGGUUAUCCAACUGUGCUGCAUGGAGACAACCAGUACACACAGGAACUUUUGAAAACGAUAGUCAUGAGGACCAGGCGGACUCUGGAUGAAGACAUCUUCCUUCCACUUUACCCUAAAAAUGUUAUGGACAACAAGAACAGUGGUGCCUACCUGUUCUACCAGCGACAGUUCUGGUCCUGCAUAAAGCUGCUUGGCAACAUCAUUCAGUGGGAUGGCAUCUUAUCCUUUUCCUGUCUGAGGGAUCUGGCUUUGGACAGCACUCUUAACAGAUACAUCCUCUCUGCACUUCAGAGUACAGAUAUAGGAGAGGAGAAUGUGCAGAAGUGCCAGAAGGUGGUGGAGUGUUUGCCAGUACAGUGGUUCUCAGGGCUGAAAGGCCAGCAGACCCUUCCUCAGUUGGAGCCAUUGUGUCGCUACCUCACACACCUAGCUAACACUCUGCACCGCAGCAGUGUGCGGGGUUCUGAUAUUGAACGGCGCACCGCUAAGGAGCAAAUAAGGGAAGUGGUGAAGAUGUUGGGACGCAUGAACGCCCUGGACCACAUCAUCGCCGUGGCAGAAGAGCAAGGCGUUAAAGACAUCAAACAGCUCAUGGAAGUGAAAUAAUAGAAUACAACCAGAGACUGCUCUUCCUCUACCUUUUGUUCUGUACAUUGGAAGCCAAUUAGGGUUGGUUGGAAAAUGUGCAAUAGGAGAAAUAUUAAUUCAGCACUUGUUGCAUUCACAAGAUUAGAGGACUCUGUAAAUAUUGUGAAUAAUGUACAGUAUUCUUUAACACCAGCUGGCACAAAGCUGAAAUAAAUUCCUGUUUUGCUAAAUCAGAAGGCACACAAUGGAUACAUUUUAGACCCAUAAUUUAUUAUAAAAAUGUGUCAUCCUGAAAACAUUUUUGAAUGUCUUGACUCUCAACCCCACUAUUUAGUUGUUGUUUUUUACUGCUAACAUUGGCUUUGUUCAGAUUGUGUUAAAAGAUAGAUGUUACUUGCUUCUUUUUUUCAGCCCAGUCUUAACCAUAAGCACCUUCAUCACAUUCAAAAUGUUCUGAAAGUUUGUAAGUUAUGUUUUUAUUCUGUUUUUCUGUGAAUAAAACAAAUGGUAUUCGA